AUGGCCUUCGGACGCGGUCCCCGCACCCCUCACACCGGCACCACCGGCACGACGACGACCACGACCCACGCUGCUGCCGACCGUCCCAGCAUCUUCAACCCGAUCCUCUCGCUCUUCAACAUCUUUGUCUGGAUCUCCUCCGUCAUCGUCCUGGGCAUCGCAGCCUACGAGAUCCACCAGUUCAAGAAAUACUACGACGCGUACCCGGGCGCCCGCAUAGUUUAUAUUUUGGUCAUCGCCGUCCUGACGGUCGCCUUCUUCUUGCUCUCGUUCCUGCUCCACCCCCGCCCCGGCUACACGUUGCUGUUCAACCUCAUUUUCAGCUAUCUGUGGCUGGUGUCGGUGGUGUUUGCUGCGCAGAGCUGGUCGAGUCGCCAUGUGGCGAGGAAGUGGCAUGCCAUGGAGGCUUUUACGUUUCUUGCUUUCUUCGGCCUGUUUUUCAACGUCCUCUACGCUUGGUGGCAGCAGCACCGCGCUACUGUUCCCUCCCGCACUACCACUGCUGCUGUCGUCUAA